GAGACACAAACAUGUUUAUAUUCAUAACUUUGAAUGAGAUAAAGACAGCAUAACUAGCUCUGGUUCCUAAUGCAUUCAGUCUGAUUACCAUCAACGUCCGGAGAUGUAGAAACUUAAAUCUUGCACAUACAAAAAAAGAAAAAUCACUUAUUUAAAGCUUGAAUCCCAUCCAGCACUUGUUUAAAGUAGACCAGGAUGAAUAUUAACACAUAUUGCUUUCAUCAGCAUAUUGUCAAAGGUAUAUUGUAGUUUAAGUUAUUGCUUUUAAUGUAAGAAUCUCUUUUACAUCAAACUUCAUGAAUACUUUAUAGUUAAAGCAGCAAAAGAAUCAUUGUGGUUUGACACAAAAUAAAUCAAAGUCUGCUUAUGAAUGAACCACCUAAACAGCAUAAAUCCGAGUCCAACCUUAAUAAGAAUACAUUAGGUGUUGGAUAUUAUUACUUAGGUGUCCUUGUAUAACUUUGGAGCUCUUAAAAGCGUUAUUAUUUUCACUGCUGUAAACUUGUUUCAACUUUCAGCCAAUCCUCUUUUUGUGUGCAAUGCACCAAAAUAGCCGUGGCGACAGCACAAAGGAACUAUGGUGAAUGAAUGAGGAAGUGGAAUUGGGAAGGAGAAGGACAUGUUUGGAAACACAUACGUAGCUGCAUGGGACUUGUCAUCUGCUCUAAGGGAAACCCAGCAGUGUGUUGAUGGCACGUAUGAUCACGAGGGUGUGACCUGUUGUCUGUGUGCUGCUGGUACGUUCGUGGAGAAGCACUGCACUGCUACGACUCCAAUUGGAAAAUGCACAAGCUGUAGAGAAAAGACAUACAACAGUCACCCUAAUUUCCAGGAAUCCUGUGAGUCAUGCACAUCCUGCUCACAGCCCAAUGCCAAUCUAGAGUUGGAUGUAUCCUGCACCCGGGCCAGAGAUGCAACGUGUCGAUGCAAAAAGGAUCACUUUUGCGGCAGUAAAGAAACCUGUAUAUUAUGCUUCCCCUGUAAAGAAUGUACUGAGGGUGUCAAAGUAGCCUGUACAGCCACCAAUAACACAGUCUGCAGUGAGAAAACUGAAGGGGGGAAUACAACUGGGUUGAUAGUUGGCCUAACUCUCUUAUUUGUUUUAAUAAUUGUUAUUGGACUUCUUGCAUUCUUCUUCUGGAUAAGAAAACGCAACCGAAAUAAUACCCCAGAGGAAGGAAGAAAUGAUUUGGAGAUUCCGUCCCUUCAAAAACCACUUCUUGAGCGCAACCUGCCAGACAUUGCAGAAAUAAUUGGAUGGACGGAUAUGAAGGAUGUUGCAACACGCAGCGGUAUGCGAGACACUACUAUUGAGAAUUGUAAGCUGAACCACGUUGGUAACGCUCGGGAGCAGACACUCGAACUUCUACAGGAGUUUGUGCAGGAGAAGGGCAGUCAGGCCCAAACUACCUUGAUCCAAACCCUGAAAAAUAGUGGCAAAAGACGAAUAGCAGAGAGGGUGGUUGCUAAAUUAAAUUCUUCUGCUUGAAUUUGUUUUUUGUAAGCAUUUUAAAUAUUUAAAGCGUUGGAAUUUUUUUUGUAUCAGUGUAGAUGUUUACAUGAUGUAAGAGUGUAUGUGUCCUCCUAACCCGAGUCUUUCUGUCUCUAGUUGAACUUUUUAAAAGGUGAAUUUAAAUAAAGGAAGUAUCUGGCAAAAAAAUAUCUCCAUGGAGAAAAGCCAUGACCGUGAGAACGGCAAAAACAGAGUGUAGAAAAGCUGAACGCAGGUGGAGAAAAACAAAUCUCCAAGUUCACUUGGAAAGAUAUAAAGAGAGACUAUGCAUCUAUAAUCAGGAAAUAAAAAAGGCACGACAGUCUUUCUUGUCUGACAUCAUUACUAAAAAUAAAAACAACUCACACGCCCUGUUUGCAACCGUCAACAGACUAACAAACCCCCCAGUGUCAGUAGCCUCUGAAUUUCUAUCCACCAGGGCCUGCAAUGAAUUUGCCUCCUUCUUCACGAACAAAAUUAUGAAAAUCAGACAAGCAGUCAGUGCCUCUGUACCAGGUACAGCAAAUGUUUUGUCCCUGUGUCCACCUAAAGUCAAUUCAGACAUCAUGACACAAUUCCGUCUGAUAAAUUAUAAAGACCUGGAGGACAUUAUUCAACAUCUGAAAUCCUCCUCCUGCAGCCUCGAUAUUAUUCCAACAGCAUUGCUGGUUUUAAAGCACUAAAUGUUUUAGGACCAAAUUAUAUUAACGAUUUCCUGCAAAAAUCUGGAACAAACGGCCUGAAUCCUGCAGGUCAGCUGCAACUGUUGAUACUUUUAAAUCUAGAUGGAAAAUGUAUCUUUUUGAGGCUGCAUUUGGAUGAGGAUUCAAACUGCAGUAUGGCUUUUUGUAUGUAUUUUAUACCUGUUGUGUUGAUUUUAUUAUCUUUGCUUUUUAAAUGCCUGUUUUUAAAUGCCUUUGU